AUGUCGAGAUUCUACGGCUCGCCGCGUUCGACGGAGAGUCCCAUGGACUUCGAGUACACUUCGCGUCCAAACGUGAAGCCGGUAUGGGCCCAGGGAGGAGACUCAAAUACACCACGCAAAAGACCACUUGCAGAGCUAAACUCUCCGGCUCGAUCGUUCCAUGCCGGCGACCCAAGCACGCCAACCUUUGGCAGUAUACCCACAAACAUACCCUUCAUGCUGAACGUACCUGCCCCAGUUACGCCACACCGCGAUGCAUGGGUACCCCCAAACGCGGCCUACGCCGAGAUCAAGGACGUGGACAUGACGGAGGCCAGCCCGCCGCAGAAGCCCGAAGAGGGUCGGGGUGGAGACAGGAAGAUUGCGCUUGGAGGCCUCAAGAGGGUGUACAAGUCGCGACAGAAGCUCAGAGAACAGAGUCGGCUAGGACAAGUCAAGGCGCGGGUUGAGGUUGCAGAAGAAAGUGACGCAGAGAGUGAGGACGAAGUCGUGUCACCCAUUGCACAGAAUACCUCCAAUCAUUACACGCUGAAUCUUCCUGCCCCGGCUGCUCCAAGAUCAGACACGCCUUACGUGCUCUUGGGAUACCUGCAGUUCUUCUUCAACCUCUCGCUGAUCCUGGUCUUUCUAUACCUUCUCGUGCAAUUCAUUCUGACGGUCCAGCGUGACGUCGAACACCGGAUCUCCGAAUAUUCGAUGGACAUUGUGCAAGAGAUAGCGCAGUGUAUAAUGCAUUUCAAAACAAAUCUUUGCGCCACGAACCCCAUUCCGGCGAUGGCUUACCAAUGCGGACAGUGGGAGACAUGCAUGAAUCGUGACCCGACCAAGGUCGGGCGUGCGCGCGUGGGUGCCGAACUCAUCGCAGAAGUCGUGAAUGGCUUUGUCGAGCCGAUAUCAUGGAAGACCCUCGCGUUCAUCCUCACUUCGCUGUCGUUUCUUACCGUCUUCGUGAAUAGCCUCCUGUCCCUAUACCGCUCUAGACAUAACCCCGCGAACACCCCAGCUGUACACUCGCAGCCCGUGCCAUCCUUCCCCGUCGGUCCGGCGGCGCCAUACCCCCACCACAUGUUUAACGCUCCGUCUGGCUGGGGCAAGUCUUGGUUGACAAGUCAGGACGUCGAGGAGAUCCCUCCUCGGAGGAGAAAAUUGGAAAGCGGUGCAGCGAAGGAAAUCAAAUAG